CUAUAUAGUAGUAUUAGGAGCAUUACAAUAAAUUGGAGACGAGCUCCGAUUUAAAUUCAAAUCAACUGGGGUGAUACGUUAAUAUCUAUAGAUAGUUAUUUGUUUUCUUUGAUGUAUAUUUACUAGAAUAUAUUAUAACCUUGUGGCUUGUGAUAGAUAGACAUUCACCUGUGAAUAGCCGUUACCAUCACUAUUCACUUUCAUUCCAUUAAAAUUCGUUUAGCGUCAGUCAUCAGUGGGUCACGCCUGUCGCAGUGAUUUUGUCUCAAGCCCUAUUAGCAAAAAAAUAUUUAAAAAAUGUACAUACUGUUUUAAAUAUUCUUAUAAUUUACAUUUUUAUUUUUCGUCAAAGAGUAUAUUAGUACUACUUACUAGUUUAUUUUAAAGGAAAAAAUGUCUUGUAAUAGCAAAUCCCAAGGUGACGUAAUCAUUUUUGAUAAUAGUCAAAAUGUGGAGGAAUUGUACACAUACAUGAAUGUUGAUAAAUUACUUUCGACAGCAGAACGUCAUAACUGCAAAUUUUGGAAAUGUCGCACUGUUGGAAUUUUAAAAAGCGUCAAUGGUCAUUUUUAUUUAAACGAUAUAUAUGAAGAGUCAAAUCUACAGGCACCAAAACUCCUAGUAUCAAUGUUGUAUCAAGAUGACAUACCAAAUAGUAUAUUACCGAUGACUGUUCAGCUUUUUGGUAUAAUGCAGUGGAUAGAAAAACCAGUUUUAUUCGUUGAAAUAAUACAUAUAAUAAAUCCAAGAACGGCUGUUAACAUACAAAAUUCACUUAGUUCUAUAAUAAAUGAUCAUACAAACAACAAACCUCUUUGAACAAAUAAAUGUGAAGAAUAAACUUUA